AGGUCAUUGAUGUGUCGGGGCAGGUGAAGGUCACUGAUGUGUCGGGGCAGGUGAAGGUCAUUGAUGUGUAUGGGCAGGUGAAGGUCACUGAUGUGUAUGGGCUGGUGAAGGUCAUUGAUGUGUCAGGGCAGGUGAAGGUCACUGAUGUGUAUGGGCUGGUGAAGGUCACUGAUGUGUCGGGGCAGGUGAAGGUCACUGAUGUGUUGGGGCAGGUGUGGUCACACUGACUGUCUUUUUCUGAGUCAAAUAUAAAAUAUAUAAUUUUGGGCAUCACGAAAAAAAUGAAAUUGUACAAAAAAUGUUGGAAUUACACUUUGGGAGCAUCUAAACAAAAAUCCAACUAGGGGGUGGAGGGUUUCUACAAACCCCAGUCUUGAUUGGGGGUGGAGGGUUUUUAUAAACCCCAGUCUUUAUUGGGGGUGGAGGAGAGUCACUAUAAACCCCAGCCUUUUUGUGGGGGUGAAGGGUAUCUAUAAAUCCCAGUCUUUAUUGGUGGAGGAGGGUCACUAUAAACUUCAGCCUUCAUUGGAUGGAGGGUCUCUCUCUAUAAACCCCAGCCCUCAAUUUUUUUUCACUCUACCUGGCAGGACUAGUCAGCCAUUUCACUACACUUAGGUUUCACAAAAAAUCUUAAACAUGAAGUCUGAGUUUUCUUUUUUAUGAGCAGUCAAAAUUUGAGUAAAAUCUCAGACUUGGGUCCAACUUUCCAUUUAUUAAGUUGGGUUUUUUUUGUGUUGAGAAAUCCAGACCAGUUCUCUGGACUUUUAUCUUCAAAAGCCGUUACAUCUUAUCCUGGACACCACUUCAUUGACAUCGAACAGCUAUUUCAAUAUAGAAACUUACAAAAACUUUAAAAAUCCGUGUUUAUAUAACGUUAUCUCUCAAUACAGGAUGAUUAUUUACACACACCACUUGACGUGUCGGCUGUCACAGUAUCAUAGUAUUGUGCUGACUCUUCAUUUAUAAGUCUCGAUAAACUGAGUAAAGUUCAAAAUGAUAUAAUCAUGAGGCAUAAUCACUGAGAAGCAGGUUAGUGUCAACUUAAAACCCAUGUCUCAUGGAUCCAUUAUACAGCGCCCAGGACAUGCUGCGCUGUGACUUAUGCGACACUCCUGUACCCCCGAUGUACUGCGACCUUUGUGAGGUCAAACUCUGCAAGGCCUGUGUCGGGGAGCAUAUCUCAGAUUUAUCCAAAGAACAUAAAGUUGUGCCAUUCACACAACAACCCCACCAAAAAUGUCACACCGAUAAAGACUGCGAGUUCUUCUGUGAAAACUGUGAGCUUCCUGUCUGUUUAACCUGCGUCACCUCUGAUACACACCUAGGGCAUAAGUUCACGCAUGCUCUGCAAAAACUUCACAAAAACAAACAGGAUUUACAGAGAGACUUAAAGGAACUUGAGGAAGAGAUUUGUCCAAAAUAUGAAACAAUUGCUUCAGAUGUCAAAGCUGAAAAAUCCAACUUGGAUACUCGUUACGUAAAACUGAUAACAGCUGUCGACCAACAGGGAGACGUCUGGCACCGAGAGAUCACCGCCAUUGUCAACCAAUGCAAAUCUGACAUUGAGGAAAUGAAAACCGAACACUUGGCCAUUUUAAACAAUCAUGCAGAUGAAAUCACACACAGCAUUACCGAACUCAAACAGAUAAUUCUAGAUCUGAAGAAAAUACAGGACUCCGAAGAUUUCUUCCGAGCCUUCGCAUACAAAUCCAGAAAUUCUAAAUUCCGAAGAUUACCUCCUAAAGUUAUAUCUCCCAGUUUCUCUCCUCAUGAAAUAAACACAGAUCGGCUCCAGGAAAUGUUCGGUUCUCUGUCGCCAUUAUCCAUUAACACAGAACAUGGCGACACAAUGAAGUCAGCAGAAGCUGUAUCGCCUCCUCCAGUCAAACCACUGCUUGAUGAACCGCGACUCACCGACUCUAUAGACACUUGGCAUCUAGGAUUACGCAGUGUUAGCUGUCUCAUUGAUACAACAUUCUGGAUAUCGUCGGAAGACUGUUUCCUCGAUCUCUACGACCUCCAGGGCAAACUACUGAAGUCGAUCCAAACCAAGUCAGGAAACACACCAAAGGAUAUUACAGUGACACAGCGGGGGGAUCUUGUUUACACGGACACGGAGUCACGAACUGUCAACAUCGUACAAUAUAAUCGUGUACGAGAAGCACUCAAACACUGGGAAAUUAAGCCUGGCCAUGUCUGCCGCUCCUCCGCCGGUGACCUUCUGGUUAUCAUGGACAGUGAUGAUGGCUGCACCCCAUCUAAAGUUGUCCGUUGUUCCGGUACUGCAGAGACACAAACCAUUCAGUUUGAUGAUCUGGGCCGUCCUCUCUAUUCAUCUGGUUAUUAUAAAUACAUCAGUGAAAAUAGGAACCUGGAUAUCUGUGUGGCUGACAAUGAUGCUGAAGCAGUAGUGGUGGUCAAUCAGUCAGGAAAUCUCCGAUUUAGAUACACUGGUCAUCCCUUUAAUACCAAGCAAUCAUUUGAUCCAGUCGGCAUCACUACAGACAGCCAGAGUCACAUCCUGACAUCAGACUGCAAGAAUAACCGUAUCCACAUCCUAGAUCAGGACGGACAGUUCCUCCGUUACAUUCACAACUGUGAUUUACGCGAUCCAUGGGGUUUAUGCGUGGACACUGCAGACAACCUCUUUGUGGCUGAGUAUGAGAGUGGUAAAGUGAAAAAAAUAAAAUACACAUAAAUUGUAGAGGUGUGAAUUGUAUUCUUAGCAACUGUUAAGAACAUGAAAUUCAAUGAAUAUCAUAAUAAGUCUUAGGGGGG